CUACCGGCGAGACAGAAAGUGGUUUCGUGCUGGCCGUAGCCGCUGCUUUGUUGCAGAGAAGAAGCAUGCCCACAUUGAACAAAGGAAGCCCUACGCAUCUUAAUCGCGUUUGGCUGCAUACUCUUGAGUCAGCGGGUGCCACCGGCGUCCCUGUCGGGGUCUUCGCUACUGCGCCCGUGCUUCGCGUCCGUGAAUCCCGAAAAGCGGUGUAUGGCGCAAGACGGCUGCAGUGACGGGAUACUUCUUUUUCUCUAUGACUUCGAGGAGAGGUUCAGCCCGCAGUUGUUAGCUGGAGCCUGAUCGGCCUGAGCUACAGAGUGUGCACCGCAAAUCUGAGGACCGUGGGGAAAGAUUUGGACUCACUGAAAAAACAUGAGGUUCGGUAAAAAAGAGCUUGUGGCGCUGAACCUCGUGUGCAUCGCGACAGCGGUGUUGUGGCAUCACCUUCGGCGCUGCCAGGACAUACGAAUGCCUCCAGAUCCCGAGUACGACUACAUCGUCGUGGGAGCGGGAACAGCCGGUUCCGUGCUGGCUCGACGGCUUCUGGACGGCGCAGUCGGGGUGGACGGUAGUCCGGCGCAAGUUCUGCUUGUGGAAGCUGGCCGCGGCGAAGCUCCGUGGUACGCCUCUGUGCCACUGCUCUCUCUGGCGCUACAAGCGACCUCCAUUGACUGGCACUUCGUGACGGCGCCGCAGAAAGACGCUCUACAGUGCUACUACAACCAGAGUUUGCGGUGGCCCCGUGGGAAAGCAUUAGGCGGCAGCUCCAACCUCUACUGCAUGAUCCACUCCAGACCCACCACUGAGGAUUGGGAAGAGUGGAAUCGACGCUGCAAGACGUGCGGAUUCCGGGCUGAACGCGUGGCCGCCCUCUACCGCAAGCUGGAGUUCCCAGUUGGUGACGGACACGCGGACAGGACCCCCGACGCGAAAAUUCCGGUGACGGACAACACCUGCAGCACGUCGGAGAUAUGCUCGGCGCUGAGGCAGGCGGCUGAACACAUAGGGCUCGGCCUCGAGAAGGAAGAAAACCAGAUGCAACAGAGCAAUUUGUACAAGGGCAGGAAGUGGACCACAUAUGAUCUAUACAUUAAGCCUGCUCUAAACAAUCCAAGAUUGAGAAUCAUGACCGGGGCGCAUGUAAGCAAGGUGCUCUUCGAAAAUACUACGGCAGUCGGUGUCGAAGUCAUUUCUGAUGGCGUAGUUUACCAGGUGGCUGCGAAACGUGAAGUCAUCAUUUCAUCAGGCGUGGUUGGAUCGCCUCAUAUUCUUUUGUUGUCCGGUAUUGGACCAAGAGAUGUUUUGGACGAAUUCCGGAUACCGGUUAUUAAUGAACUUCCAGGAGUAGGAAGGAACCUUCAAGAACACAUUACUGUACCCAUAUACGUCAACCUAAAAGCUCCCGUCAGCAUCAAUGAAUACAAAAUAAAAAGUUUGUGGCAAAUCUGGAAGUAUAUCUGGGGUGGAGGUCACCUCGCCUCCAGUGCUGUUGCAUCUGUUCUCAGAACAAACGUCAACGAUCGUUCCCUCCAAGCAAUGUUUGUAGCUGUGAAUUUCGGUUCCUUCCGAGAAGACGUACUUGCAAGAAUUUCUAAUCUAAAGAAGGAGGAUAUGGACGCUUUGUUCCCAGACAUUGGGAAGGACGACAAAGAAGGAUUUUUGCUACUGGCCACCUGCCUUCACCCAAAAUCCAAGGGCCGGAUUUCCUUAAACACAGGCAAUGCUCUUGACCCCCCGAACAUUGACCCACUGUAUUUCAGCGAUACUCACGACCUUCACUGCUUGACUAAUGGGGCUAAAGAGCUGGAGAAAGAUUGGCACCAGAACUGGCCACAAGAAAUGCAAAAGGAGUUGACUCCACACUUCGCCUGGAGCAGGAACUUUCGCACUACAAAGGAUUUCCCACUCUGACAGCACAAAGCCCGCAGUUUCCUCCUGUGAGUGGCCUUACCGCGAGCCCACUCGGCGUUUCCACUCUGGACUCCGAACUGCCAAAGCUAGCAACCUGCACGCCGCUGUAGCAGCCUCGUUGCGUUUGCCCAGUUUCUGAAGAGCGUGAAAUGGUUGUAGUCUUUAGUGGUUUCAACUCAUCACCGCCUAUUCUGUCAGAAGUCCGGGCCUUAAGACCAAGAUCUCAAGGUGGCAACGUGACAUAUGGGAGUUAGGAUGAAUUUUAUUUUCAUGGUUCCCGCCGUUGCGCCAUAUGUGAAGAAAUGGAAGAACCUCAAUAUGUGAGUGUCGUUAUUGUACCGCCAUGCGUGCAGUGUCACAUCAGGCUUCUAUGAGCAAAAUAGUCUUUCGCACUUCUCUACUAUUUCACCCGCUCUAAAAUGAAAAAAAUGCUCGUAAAAGCAGUCGACGGUUCAAGAUAUAUAUAAAAAAAAACUAACAUCACUGACCACGAAUUGACCUGGUUUUACGAAAAUUACUGUUUAUUUUAAACAGCGCCAAAAAACACGGACAAGGAAGGGCACGGGACGAGUACCCUUUCUUGUCCGUGCUUUUUUCUUUUUUUGGCUUCGUUUAAAUUGUGUCAUCUGCACCAAAUAGCUCGUGCCCAAACCCUCAUGAGAAAAUUAUUUACUUGCAAUGCUGCGAAUUUUGCACCUGAACGUGAAUAUUCACAGUAUAAUAUUGGGUUAGGAUACUUGAUUCGGCCAAAGAUAGAAAAGAAAGGAAGAGUCAGUUAAGUGACGCUCUCUGUGGUAAGGCAUGAUUAAUUUCCAAGUGUUUGGGCAGCAUGUCUGCUUUGUAGGUACUUUGAACUCUCCUUGUCACGUUCUUUCUUUUAUUUCUUGCCAGAAUUCAUGACGCAUAAAAGAUGGGCAUUGAAUAAAAGUGCACAAGACGGAAGCGCGCAGCUCAAGGCAAAGCUGAAAGCGCUACUUUAUCGUUUGACCUCA